AUGUUUUCGCUUUGCAAACAACCUCACGAAGCUACGGCGGUAGAGUUCUCGCUGACGUGCCAUUUUUUCAAUCACAACGAAAAAUCGCUCGUCACCGGCGGUGCUAAUGUACUCAAAGUGUACCGGGUCAUCCCGGACGCCGAUCCGGCCACUAGAGACAAAUACACUGCCACCCGACCGCCUAGUAUGAAACUCGAAUGCGUAGCAUCGUACCGAUUGUACGGCAACAUAAAGUCCAUGCAGUCGGUGUCAUUAGCUGGUUCGCUACGAGACGCUUUGCUGAUAAGCUUUCCGGAUGCUAAGUUAUCCGUGGUGCAGUUCGAUCCGGACAACUUUGACCUCAAGACGCUCUCGUUGCACUACUUCGAGGAUGAGGACAUUAAGGGCGGCUGGACGGGGCACUACCACAUACCGAUGGUACGCGUCGAUCCGGACAACCGGUGCGCGGUGAUGCUGGUGUACGGACGGAAGCUCGUUGUGCUGCCUUUCCGGAAGGACAGCUCACUGGACGAGAUCGAACUGCAGGACGUUAAACCGAUCAAAAAAGCCGCGACGCAGUUGGUAGCGAAAACGCCGAUUCUGGCGUCUUAUAUUAUCGAGCUGAAGGAUUUAGACGAGAAGAUCGACAACGUAAUCGACGUGCAGUUUCUGUACGGUUACUACGAACCGACGCUACUGAUUCUUUACGAGCCAGUACGAACUUUUCCGGGUCGCAUCGCCGUUCGCUCGGAUACCUGCACGAUGGUCGCAUUAUCGCUUAACAUCCAGCAGCGUGUACACCCAGUGAUAUGGACGGUCAAUAGCCUCCCGUUUGAUUGCAUCCAAGCCAUACCGAUCAAUAAACCUAUCGGUGGUUGCUUGGUAAUGUGCGUCAACUCCUUAAUAUACCUGAACCAAAGCGUUCCACCAUACGGUGUUAGUUUGAACAGCAGUGCCGAUCAUAGCACCAGUUUUCCAUUGAAACCACAGGAUGGCGUUAGAAUAAGUUUGGACGCGGCACAGGUGUGUUUUAUUGAGCCGGAAAAGCUCGUCCUGUCUCUGAAGGGCGGUGAGCUGUAUGUCCUAACGCUUUGUGCCGAUUCGAUGCGUAGUGUGAGAAAUUUCCACUUCAACAAAGCGGCUGCUAGUGUGCUGACGAGCUGCAUAUGCGUUUGUGAGGAUGAAUAUCUCUUCCUGGGUUCGCGGCUAGGCAAUUCGCUAUUGUUGCGGUUCAAAGAGAAGGACGAAAGUCUCGUGAUCACCAUCGACGACAGCGGUGCGGUCGAGAAGGAACCAAAACGCGCCCGGCUAGAAGAGGAAGAGCUCGAAGUGUACGGUAGCGAGUAUAAAACGUCCGUCCAGCUGACCAGCUACAUUUUCGAGGUGUGCGAUAACGUGCUCAACAUCGGUCCGAUCGCUCACAUGGCCGUCGGCGAGCGGGUGUCCGAGGAGGACAUCGAGGAUCAGACGGACGUACAGUACGUACCGAACAAACUCGACGUCGAGGUCGUCACCUCUAGUGGACACGGUAAAAAUGGCGCCCUUUGUGUGCUGCAGAGUUCGAUCAAGCCGCAGGUGAUCACGAGUUUCGGUCUGUCCGGAUGCCUAGACGUGUGGACCGUGUUUGAUGAGGCGUUGGGGCGAAAAACGGACGAGAAUCCUGUGACGCACGCGUUCAUGAUACUCUCGCAGGAAAGCGGCACGAUGGUGUUGCAGACGGGCGAGGAGAUCAACGAGAUCGAAAACACGGGUUUCGCAACCAUGGUGCCGACGAUUCACGUGGGGAACAUUGGCUCGAAUAGGUUCAUCGUGCAGGUGACGACGGAAUCCAUCCGUUUGCUGCAGGGCACGCGCCUGUUGCAGAACAUCCCGAUCGAUUUGGGUUGCCCGCUCGCAUCGGUUUCGAUUGUGGAUCCGUACGUGUGCGUGCGAUCGUCACAGGGACGCGUGAUAACGCUUGCGUUGCGUGAGGGCAAAGGAACGCCUCGGUUGGCGGUGAACAAGAACACCAUUAGCCCGACACCGGCCGUGGUCGCAAUCAGUGCGUACCGGGACGUGUCGGGGUUGUUCACGAAAAAGAUCGAGGACAUAUACGAUCUCAGCAAGGGUGGCGCUGCGUCCGCGUAUUCGAGCGGGUUCGGCUCGAUGAAACCGGAACCGCACAUGAAGAUCGAAGACGAGGAGGAUUUGCUGUACGGUGAGUCGGGCCGCUCGUUUAAAAUGACCUCCAUGGCGGAUAUGGCGAUCGCGAGCAAAAGUGGAACCAAUUCUGACUUCUGGAUGAAGUACAUGCAGCAGGUGAAGCCCACGUACUGGUUGUUUGCAGCGCGUGAAAAUGGCACCCUCGAGAUUUACUCCAUGCCUGACUUGAAGCUCGUCUACCUCAUAACGAACGUUGGCAACGGGAACAAGGUGCUGUCGGAUUCGAUGGAGUUCGUUCCGCUGCCAAUGGGCAAGAAUUCGACGCAGGAAGACGCCGCUAGCGCGUUCGGAUCGUCGUUCGGCGUGACCGCUUCGCUGCUGCCAAAGGAAAUUCUUAUGGUAGCGCUGGGAAGCUACGGAUCGCGACCCUUGCUUUUCAUCCGGCUUGAGCAUGAUUUGCUGAUUUAUCGUGUAUUUCGCUACGCAAAGGGUCACCUGAAGCUCCGUUUCAAGCGCCUUUCGACGACCGUCACCUGUCCAGAAUUUAAAAGCGUCCCAUCCCACCUAGCCAACCUUGACCCGAAGGUGGCGUCAUCCGGAUCGGCGGAAGAGGGACCGGAAUUUGCGACCAACGAUCAGCUGCUCGCGACGAAGAUCCUGUACGAGAACAUUUCCAUGAUACGGUACUUCGCGAACGUGUCCGGGUACGCGGGUGUUGCCGUGUGCGGUGAGAAGCCGUACUUCCUGUUUCUAACGGCCCACGGAGAGCUGCGAUCACACCGGUUGUACUCACGCACGGUCAUGAAGGCGUUCGCACCGUUCAACAACGUCAACUGUCCGAACGGGUUUCUGUACUUCGACGAACACUACGAGCUGAAGAUCUCCAUCUUUCCGACGUACCUAUCGUACGAUUCCGUGUGGCCAGUACGCAAGAUCCCGCUGCGUAGCUCCCCGAAACAGAUCGUGUACCACCGGGAAAAUAAGGUGUACUGCGUGGUGAUGGACGCGGAGGAAAUCUGCAACAAGUACUAUCGGUUUAACGGCGAGGACAAGGAACUGACGGAGGAAAACAAGGGCGAACGGUUCCUGUACCCGAUGGGGCACCGGUUUUCAGUGGUGCUCGUCACACCGACGGCUUGGGAGAUCGUUCCGGAUACUUCCAUAAACCUGGAAGAAUGGGAGCACGUGAUAGCGCUGAAGAACGUCAGCCUAACGUACGAGGGUGCUCGAUCGGGGCUGAAGGAGUACAUUGCGGUUGGCACAAACUUCAACUACAGCGAGGACAUAACGUCCCGCGGGCGGUUGCUGCUGUACGACAUCAUCGAGGUUGUUCCGGAGCCGGGAAAACCGCUCACGAAGCACAAAUUCAAGGAGGUGAUCAUCAAGGACCAGAAAGGCCCGGUAUCGGCCAUUUCACACGUGUGCGGUUUUCUGGUGGGUGCCGUCGGCCAAAAGGUGUACCUGUGGCAGAUGAAGGACGACGAUCUGGUCGGUGUGGCGUUCAUCGACACGAACAUCUUCGUACAUCAGAUGGUGUCGAUCAAAUCGCUCAUCCUCGUGGCGGACGUGUACAAAUCGGUGAGCCUGCUCCGCUUCCAGGAGGAGUACCGGACGCUUUCGGUCGUGUCGCGUGACUUCCACCCGCUGAACGUGUUCCAAGUGGAGUACGUGGUGGACAACGCUAACCUGGGUUUUCUCGUUUCGGAUGAUCAGUGUAACCUGAUCACGUACAUGUACCAGCCGGAGUCGCGUGAAUCGUUCGGUGGCCAGCGGUUGCUACGGAAAAGCGACUACCAUCUCGGGCAGCAGGUUAACACGAUGUUUCGCGUGCAGUGCGAUUUCCACGAGGCGGAUGUGAUGAAGCGCACGCUAAACUACGACAACAAGCACACGACGUUCUUCGCGACGCUGGACGGUGGCAUUGGGUUUGUGUUGCCGCUGCCGGAGAAAACCUACCGCCGGUUGUUCAUGUUGCAGAACGUCCUGCUGACGCACAGUCCGCACGCGUGCGGUUUAAACCCGAAGGCGUACCGGACGAUUAAACAAACGCGCAAGCUGCCAAUCAACCCGAGCCGCUGCGUCGUGGAUGGUGAUCUGGUGUGGAGUUUCCUCGAGUUGCCGGCUAACGAAAAGCUUGAGGUGGCAAAGAAGAUCGGCACACGGAUUGAGGAAAUAUGUUCCGAUCUGAUGGAGAUUGAGCAUGUGACGCAUGCGUUUUAAUCACCCCACCCCCGGGAAUCACACCGACCGCAAAAUCUAGUGCAAAAA